UUCGUGUUAAGAACAAGGCUAAAUUUUUUAAAACCUCUGGAACAGGCAUCAUUACCGAGCAGGGUGAGGACUGGUGGCGGGUGAGGAGGCUAGUGCAGGUGCACUCCAUGAGGCCCAAGAACGUGGCUUACUACCUGCCACAGGUCGACCACGUGGCCCAGGAGUUCGUCGCCAGGUCAGCCGGUCAACGGGACCACAAGAAUGAGCUUCCUGGUGAUUAUGUUGAAGAGUUGUUAAAAUGGGCUUUGGAAUCCUUGGGUCUCGUGGCCCUCAACAAGCGGAUAGGGUGCUUAGAGAACAGUGAGGAGGGACAGAAGAUCAUCCAGUCAUCCAUCAGCAUGUUGGAAGCCACAGGGGAUUGUGAGUUCGGCCUCCACCUGUGGAAGUACUUCCCCACAGCGCCGCUAAGACGCAUGUGGAAAGCCCACGACAAUCUCCUCGAUGUGAUCUUAGAGAAGGUUGGCCAGGCUAAACAGGACCUGGAAGCCCGUGACCCCGAGGACUCGGGCGAGCUGAACAUCUUGGAGUCUCUCCUCACCACUCCGGGUCUCUCGCUCGAGGACGUUAUCACCUUCAUGGUCGACCUCUUCUUCGCUGGGAUUGACUCGACAUCGAUGACGUCGGUGUUUACCUUGUACAACCUGGCCCGACACCCAGACAAGCAGGCCAGACUACAGCAGGAGCUGGACCAGGUACUGGGAGACGGGAGCCAGACUCUCACCACCCAUCAUAUCGCCAAACUCACUUACACCAAAGCCUGUGUGAGGGAGGCACUAAGGCUGCGGCCAAUAACGCCAAUUGUGUCCCGUCAGAUCGACAAACCCGUAACACUUCAGGGCUAUAGAGUUAAUGCUGGGACUCACAUAUACGUCAGCAUUGAAGAGUCCAGCAUGAGGGAGGAAUACUUCCCUCGGGCGACAGAGUUCAUACCAGAGCGCUGGCUGAGAGACAAUCCGGACCGUCCCACUAACCAUUUCGCCUCCAUCCCCUUCUCCGUGGGCACCCGCAUGUGUGUGGGCCGGAGGCUGGCCGAACAGGAGAUCUACGUGCUACUCGCCAGGAUGUUCUCGAAGUAUAACUUGGAGUACAAGUACGAUGUGUGGGACCCAGUGUUCAGGGUGCUCUACAAGCCCGACAAGCCACAGACCUUUACCAUGACCGAGCGAUGAGGAGCUUUGAUCCUCUCUCUAGAUCAUGUAUUUUUGCUGAAAUAGGUUGAUAGUAGUUCCCUCAAGAAUGUAUUCUAUUACUCAACUAAAUAAAAAAUGUGGUAUAUCUAUAUUAAAAA